AUGAGAACAUUCUGGUUUGACGCUUCUGAAGAAGAAGGACCAGAGCUUUGUGUGCAUCAAGGCAACCAUCUGAUUUAUACCAAGUGGAUGGCCAUGAAGAAGCCUUGCAACCUCAAGAGCUUCCUCACGAUCAGAAUCCUUGAACGUUCUGUCGCGCAAGAGAUGGGCAAUGAAGCCAAGCCCAUUGUCUGGGGGAACUCAGUAACCUCAAUUGAAUCAUGGCCCCAAUUGAAGAAAUGCUUCCGAGAUGUAAUUAUUGCAGAGCCUUUCUUUGCCGAAACCGGCCAAUACUUGCUGAUGAGCGCACUAUCCUCCGCAUUGUCGUAA